CUCUCUCCUCUUUCUCUCUCGCUCCCUUCCUCUCGGUAACUGAACAGUGAAAAUUCACAUUGUGGAUCCGCUAACAGGCACAGAUGUCAUGUGAAAACGCACAUGCUCUGCCAUCCACACCGCCUUUCUUUCUUUUCUUUCUGUUUCUUUUUUUUUUUUUCCCCUUGCUCCUUCUCCCUCUUCUUUGUAACUAACAAAACCACCACCAACUCCUCCUCCUCCUGCUGCCCUUCCUCCUCCUCCUCAGUCCAAGUGAUCACAAAAGAAAUCUUCUGAGCCGGAGGCGGUGGCAUUUUUAAAAAGCAAGCACACUGGAGAGAAAGAAAUAAGAAAAACAAAAGCAAAACAAAAACCCAGACACCAGCAGCCAGGACAUUUUUUCACCCUUCCCGAAAACAAACAAACAAACAAACAACCAUCAAAACAGUCACCGUCACCAACACCAAAACUGUUAACAUUGCGACGACAGCGGCGGCAGCAAACGUCACCCUGAGGCCACAGCGUCCGCCUAAAGGGAUGGUUUCCUCGGCAGCGCAGCUCUUCGCCGACCACCUUCACUCGUGCUGAGCGGGAUUUUUGGGCUCUCUGGGGUUCGGGCUGGGAGCAGCUUCAUGACUACGCGGAGCGGGGGAGCGGCCACACCAUGCGAGCACAAAUUGAAGUGAUACCAUGCAAAAUUUGUGGCGAUAAAUCCUCUGGGAUCCACUACGGAGUCAUCACGUGUGAAGGCUGCAAGGGAUUCUUCAGGAGGAGCCAGCAGAACAAUGCCUCUUACUCCUGCCCAAGGCAGAGAAACUGUUUAAUUGACAGAACCAACAGAAACCGUUGCCAACACUGCCGACUGCAGAAGUGUCUUGCCCUAGGAAUGUCAAGAGAUGCUGUGAAGUUCGGGAGGAUGUCCAAGAAGCAGAGGGACAGCCUGUAUGCUGAGGUGCAGAAGCACCAGCAGCGGCUGCAGGAGCAGCGGCAGCAGCAGAGUGGGGAGGCGGAAGCCCUUGCCAGGGUGUAUAGCAGCAGCAUCAGCAACGGCCUAAGCAACCUGAGCAAUGAGACCAGCGGCACUUACGCCAACGGGCAUGUCAUCGACCUGCCCAAGUCUGAAGGUUACUACAGCGUAGACUCCGGUCAGCCAUCCCCUGAUCAAUCAGGACUUGACAUGACUGGAAUCAAACAGAUAAAGCAAGAACCUAUCUAUGACCUCACAUCCGUACCCAACUUGUUUACCUAUAGCUCUUUCAACAACGGGCAGUUAGCACCAGGGAUAACGAUGACAGAAAUCGAUCGAAUUGCACAGAACAUCAUUAAGUCCCACUUGGAGACAUGUCAGUACACCAUGGAAGAGCUGCACCAGCUGGCAUGGCAGACCCACACCUAUGAAGAAAUCAAAGCCUAUCAAAGCAAGUCCAGGGAAGCACUGUGGCAGCAAUGUGCCAUCCAGAUCACUCAUGCCAUCCAGUAUGUGGUGGAAUUUGCAAAACGGAUAACAGGCUUCAUGGAACUCUGCCAAAAUGAUCAGAUACUGCUUCUGAAAUCAGGUUGCUUGGAAGUGGUUUUAGUGAGAAUGUGCCGUGCCUUCAACCCAUUAAACAACACUGUUCUGUUUGAAGGAAAAUAUGGAGGAAUGCAAAUGUUCAAAGCCUUAGGUUCUGAUGACCUAGUGAAUGAAGCAUUUGACUUUGCAAAGAAUUUGUGUUCCUUGCAACUGACCGAAGAGGAGAUUGCUUUGUUCUCAUCUGCUGUUCUGAUAUCUCCAGACCGAGCCUGGCUGAUAGAACCAAGGAAGGUCCAGAAACUUCAGGAAAAAAUUUAUUUUGCACUUCAACAUGUGAUUCAGAAGAAUCACCUGGAUGAUGAGACCUUGGCAAAGUUAAUAGCCAAGAUACCAACCAUCACGGCAGUUUGCAACUUGCACGGGGAGAAGCUGCAGGUAUUUAAGCAAUCUCAUCCUGACAUAGUGAAUACACUGUUUCCUCCAUUAUACAAGGAGCUCUUUAACCCUGACUGUGCCACCGUCUGCAAAUGAAGGGGACGAGAGAACUGGCUCACAGUCGUGGAGUACACCACCAUUAAGACGAAAGCAAUGUGUUCAUGAAGACUUAAGAAAAAUGUCACUACUGCAACAUUAGGAAUGUCCUGCACUUCAUAGAGUUAUUUUUCACCGCUACAGUUUGAAGAAUGUAAAUAUGCACCUGAGUGGGGCUCUUUUGUUUGUUUGUUUUGAAAUGACCAUAAAUAUACAAAUAUAGGACACCGGGUGUUAUCUUUUUUUUUUUUAAUUUUAUUCGGGUAUGUUUUGGAGACAACUGUUUAUAGAAUUUUAUUGUAGAUAUAUACAAGAACAGAGCGGUACUUUACAUGAUUACUUUUCCUGUUGAUUGUUCAAAUAUAAUUUAAGAAAAUUCCACUUAAUAGGCUUAUCUAUUUCUAUGUUUUUAGAUAGUUGAUGCAUGUGUAAAUUUGUAGCUGUCUUGGAAAGUACUGUGCAUGUAUGUAAUAACUAUAUAAUAUGUGGAAUAUUAUAUAUGACUAUUACUUAUACAUGCACACGCACUGUGGCUUAAAAUACCAUACCUACUAGCAAGGGAGGUUCAAUCAGACUCUCUUAUAUUAUUUACCUUCUGUGUUAUGUGUUACUUUUAUGUUAGACAAUCAGGGUUUUGUUUUUUCAGCCAGAGUUUUCAUCUAUAGUCAACAGCAGAUCGGUACCAGCUCAGAAAUAAGUCUACAAAGAAAUCCAUGUAAUGCACAGCCUCUGUAUAAAAACUCUUAUUUCUAUCAGUGACAUCAAAGCCUUGUCAAGAUGGUCCCAUACUGAGUUGGGGGAAAGACUUUGGAGCCAUUUUCCUGUUUUGAGAAUUGGGCUGCAGAUAAUAUUGAAAGGCAUGGGAUGCUUUUUGACCAAACAAUUAGACAUUUCCUGUUUUAUACCAGAACAUAUAAAACACUGUUUUUCUUAGGGUUUGGAUUUCUGGUUGUGACAAAAACUUGAUUUUGGUGCUCAGUGUCUUCAACCAAUACGGUCUGUGCAUUAUUACCACCAGCCAUUUGCUCUAGAAAAAUAACAGUAAAAAAAGUAAACCAGUUCCCAGUGUCCAUCGCCAUUUGGGGUAAACAUUUUCUCUCUAAUCAUUUUUUGACAAAGAGGCAGAAGUAGAACAUACAAGGUUAAAAAGUAUUUCUUGAUAUUCAUCCUUAUGUAUUUGUUAGAAAAAACAACAAUAAAAUGGGGGAGGCAGA